UGAACUCGAUGGGCAAGCGAAAAGGCGGCGGUGGCCAUGGGAGCGAUAACCUGCGGAUGGCCAAGAAGCACAAGCAGCAGCACCAUCCAAGAAAACAGCAAAACCUUCCCCAGACUCAGUUGUACACCCUUCAAGACAAGAUCCUUGUGCUGGGAGAUGGAGACUUUACGUUUUCGCGCGGCUUGGCUACACAUCGAGGUGGCGGCGCCAACAUGUACGCCACGUCGUUCGACUCGUCGUCUCAAGUUCGGAAGAAAUAUUCCAACGCCAACGAAUGUAUCGCGGCUUUGACGACAGCCAACGCGCAAGUGUUGCACGGCAUCGACGGCACCAAGCUGGACGCGGCGUUGCCGUCGUCAAUCCCGGCAUUAUUCGACUACAUCAUCUUCAACUUCCCCCACAGCGGCCAACAGCGCGUGCACAUCAACCGCGUGCUGCUGCUGGACUUUUUCGAAAGCGCACGGCCAAAGCUCGCGUUCAAGGGCGAAGUGCACAUCACACUCAAGACCAAACCUCCGUAUUCCAACUGGAACGUCGAAGACCAAGCAAAGGCGAGCGGCUUUGUCAUGAAGGAACGCCGUCCAUUCCGCAUUGACAUCUUCCCAGGGUAUCACCACCGGACCACGGACCCCACGGCCAAGACGUUUGAGCCCGCCCAGUGCAUCACGUACGUCUACGUCGUCGAUCGAUCGCGGUACCCUGUCCCCACCAUCCAAGAACCGUCCGAACCUGCUAAAGCUCCGGUCAGCCAGUUGGAAUCUCCCACACAGCCAGCUUCAAGGCCGUUGACCAAGAACGCCCCAGUGUCUUCGAAUCCAUCAGCCCAUCAAGCGUUCAAAGACGCGUUGGCAACUGCUCCUACCUCGUGGCCAGUGGCGAGAAAGGUCCCCAGCAGCUCUCAGCAACUAUCAAAGCCCAAACCAGACCAACCUACUGCUGCUGCUACUACUACUAAGGCCAAAGCUGAUCAACCUACUACUAGUACUACUAGUACUACAACUCCCAAGAAGAAGCCACUGUCGACAAACGGAGCCAAGAAGGUCCCACAGCAGAAACGAACCCCGUCGACAGCCAACCAUUCCGAGACGUCGCAGGCCGUUCAAGUGACCAACGACAUUCGGCAAUUGUGUGUCGACAUGCUGCUCAAAGUCCGCCAGCGACGCUCAUAAUAACGUUAAACUGCCGUUCAAACGUGUCGUUUCCUUCUCCA